AUGAUUCUGAUUGUGACGCUGGUAUUUUUCUCUGGAUUAGGGAUGGUCUAUUUUGGACUGAGUCAGAGACGACCGAUUUUGAUCGUAACUGCUCAUCCUGAUGAUGAGUGUAUGUUUUUCUCCCCUGUCAUAUUGUCACUUCUCAAGUGGGACAUCCCAGUGGACCUCCUGUGCCUGUCUUCUGGUAACUAUUAUGGUUCCGGCCGGAUCAGAUGUGAUGAGUUAAGGCGUUCUGUGAACAUUCUGGGAAUCCGACAUCAUAGAUUGAUUUGUGAUAAACAAUUACCGGACAAUCCUCGUAAGGUUUGGCCUCCAGAACGUGUUCAAAAAUACAUCUCCAAAGCCGUUCGCAAGUGGCAUUCCAAAACAGUAAUUUCUUUUGAUACUUCUGGGGUGAGCGGCCACUUAAACCACUGUCAAAUUUACUCAGCUUUAACCAAGAUGCCCUUAGGAAUUUCGGAGGUGUUUGUCUACUGUUUAAAAACAUAUGAUUCUUUGUUAAAAUAUUGCACCCCCUUCAUAGUGUUACUGGCCUUCUGCUUGGAACGCAAAUAUGUAUUUUGUGUGCCUCUUUCUGGAACUCUUACACCUCAUAAAGCAAUGCUUCAGCAUCAAAGUCAGCUUUUAUGGUUUCGGUAUCUGUACAUGGUUUUCGCCUCUUACAUGUAUAUAAACGUCCUUUUCCCUCUUAAAAGAUCGGAAAAUGUUCAGUUUUAG